UGGCGACGUUCAUGUUAAUUCAGUAUCGGAUUUCCAUCUAUUAACAUUCGUGAAAGGAACUAAUGUGUUGGACAUGAACGAUUUUGCGGCACUCGCAAGACUCGCGACAUCACAUGAAGAAAAAGAUGCCAUUCAGUUAUCACAGAGUGCUGGAUGGCAAACGUUGGUGGCUAUUAUGAAGAGCGGUAGUAAACUGCGACAUGUGUGGUUUACCGAAAGAUGCUUGAUUCUCUUACACGAAUCAAAGGUGAAACUGUUUGUAGUUACAUUAAAUGCUCUUCGGAAAGGAUCAUUUGUCCAUGAUUUGAUGCUUUCAUACAUAGCUUCCGCUUUUGUCAUUGUUGAUUUCCCUGUUCUGUAA